GCUGUUCGUUGCCCAUCCAACCGUGAAAAUUCAGAAUGACACUAUAUAGAAAUGUCUGAGCGGACAAGACGACAUGACAUCUUGCAUCAUGACCACCGUUAAGCUAGUGACGUUAUUAUUAAUGGUAUAUGUUUUGAUAUCGAUUUGUAGUGGUCAAUAUAAUCGUUGCGGUGGUCGGUUAUCACAGAAGCAAGGAGUAAUACAGUCGCCUAAUUUUCCUGGACCAUUUGAGACACCCGUGUUUUGUGAAUGGGUUAUACAGGCUCCACCAAAGCUCAAAAUUGUUUUGUAUUUGACACAAUAUUACCUUAAAGGAUUUUUCCAUGUUUAUGAAUACGACCACUAUACUAAUAAAGAUGAGUGGAUAGGGGAACGCAAACUAGCCACGGUCAACUGUGAGGAUGAAAUCUGGUCAAUCGUCGCCCACAAACCGUUCAUGGUGUUACGGUUCGCCGUUCAAGAGAUGGGCAAUAUUCACCUUCGUGUAUUGGACCAUUUAAUUGAUGUUUAUGGAUUUAACAUAACCUAUGAACUGGUCAGUAAACAUGAAGUGGACAGUAAGUGGACUUGUUCGGCCUUUGAUUGUUCAUACCUUGGUAACUGUUAUGCCAGUGCCGACUACUCCGAAUACAAAUGUCAUUGUUUUCCAAACUUCUCCGGGGAGGAAUGUCAAUAUGGUCCACAUUGUAAUCCCAUGAUAGAAAAGAAUAUGUGUCAAAACAAUGGCAGCUGUAGAUAUCUGUAUGGUGACUACGUGAAUAUAUGUCAGUGUAUUCCUGGCUACUAUGGUUCGAUGUGUGAACAGAAGAUAAACGGGAUACAUCCAAGUGCAUGUGCAGUGUUAGACUGUGAACAGACCUGUAUAACAAGCAAGACUUCUACUGCUUCUUGUGGCUGUAACCAUGGAUUCCGACUUAACAGAGAUAACAGGACAUGCGUACAUAUUGAUCGUCACAAAUAUGACGUUAUAUGUGAUUUACAAAACAGUUCAACGUUGCUGACUUCAGGAGAACGCAAUACUAUUCAACAUAAAAUAAAUAUCAUGUUACAACAGAGAGGAGUAUUUUCAAUAGAGAACAUAACCAUAAAGCAGGAUUCAGAAGACUACGUUGAAAUAACACUGUACGUAGAGACAAUUGAAAGACCAAUGUUAGACAGCAACUUACCAGAAGUGUUGCAGAGAUUAGAAGGACUUAAUUUGGAUAUGGAAACAUUACAAAUAACGUCAGUUCCAGAAUUGUAUCUACUUAGUGUUACGAUGAGAGUUGAUUCCGGAUCUGGAUUAGCAGCAUUAGAAGACAAAAGUAUGACACUAUCAUGUGUGGCUAGAGGUCGGCCAAGUAUAACCUUCAAAUGGUUCAAGGAUGGAUAUUUACUUGACUUACGCUUUGACGUAAGCUUAUUCCGUAAACGUGCACAAGAAACGUUGAUUCCAUCAAGCAGAGAUGGUAUUCUGAGAUCUGUUAUAACAUUUGAUCAUGUUAGUCCAUUAGAUAGAGGUACAUUUACAUGUGAAGCACGAGAUGGUGAAAAAGCAGAAAACAAAUCCAUAUCUGUAAAUGUGCUAACAGUUCCUCUGGUUGACCUUUACCCUUUGUCAGUUUCCGUAGUCCAGGGAGAGAGCAUGAGUAUUAUAUGCAUGUCACCUGAGGAUACUGCUAAAAACUUUACUUACACUUGGCAUAGUGGGAGGACUUACAUUCCACCUGGGCAAUCAGAUCAAAUUGUUGAAGAUUUGUUUCCUACUGGAACAAGACUGUUUGUUCGAAAAGUUAAUAAAUCUCAAAACUUCUCCUGUACAGUUGAGAAUAAAGCAGGCACAUUUACACUCACGUCACACGUCUUCGUUCAAAAAGCUUCUGAUGUUAAUAUGACAUGUGGACGAAGUUAUCAUAAACAAGUUCUAUGGACAAAAACAGCAGGAAAUCAUUUUGACAAGGAACGCUGUCCAUCAGAAACGGGAGGAUAUGCUACAAGACAAUGCGUCUGCACUGGUGAGAUUUGCUCAUGGACUGAACCAAACUAUGCAAAAUGUCAGUCUGUUUACUUAGUCUAUGAGGUUUAUGACAAGCUGGAGAUGCUUCGGCUUGGCUAUCAGCAAACAACUAUCAAGUACGUUUAUGAUCGUUUAUGUGAGUUUAUCAUUAAAAGAAAUAAUAACCACUUGUAUUCUGGAGAUGUUGAGUUAGCUGUAAGCAUUCUUCACGAGUUACUGAGACAUUUGGAACAAUAUCCACAGUUGUCAGCCAGAGAUGAUAAGAUUACUUUGAAGUCACUCAUAGAUAUUAUGAAUGUGAUGUUGUUCGCAGCAAACCAAUCCACAGGGGAAGAAAAACAGGAUAUGAAGGCAGCACCAUAUUUCUUGAAGAUCAAUCAGAUUAUAUCAAGAAGCAUUUCAAGUGUUCUACACAUGGAGCCUGAUUCAAAGUAUACUUCAGCUUCGAUAGAUGUAAAAACAGAUAUGUUACAUGCACAAAUCGAUACUGGAAAUAAUUCAAACACAAGCAUGAAUGAGUUUUCAGAAUCAGGAGACUCAGAACAUAAAACUGAAAUGGAGAAACUGCAGGUUUUGUCAUUUACAAACAAAGCAAUCGUGUCUAUGCUAUCCGCAAAAGAACGAAAACCAAGCAUCAAAUUCCAGUCUCCUAUCUCCGAUGUCCAUUCGAUAUUCCUCAUGCAAGGCAGCAGUCAACAUCCCGAGAAUCUCAUCGCUUACAUUCCAAUCAAACAUACUACUCAGUCAUUCACGAAUAAAUAUAAUCAAACAGUCUGUGUUUCAUGGGAGUUUGAUAAACGAGAACCUCAGUUUGGUCGUUGGACUAAUGUUCAAUGCACUGUAUCCACAACAGAUGACAGUCAGACUGUUUGUAAAUGUUCCUUACCAGGUCAUUUCAUGGUUGUUUCUAUAUCUACUAAUAUCAAACUACCAAAAGUUGUUGUUGAAUCCAAUCCUGCUUUACCUAUUGUCAUAGCUUGUAUCAUAAAUAUCGUCAUACUUGGAAUGGGAGUGUUCAUUUACAUUCUUAAGCGAAAAUGGUUGAUUGGUGAUGAAUAUCCCAUACAUUUCAGCUUUAUGGUGUCAAUAUUGUUACAAAGCAUUACAUUCCUUGUUUGCCUUAAAAAUGUAGACAACGCAGCAAUAUGUUCCGUGGGCAGAAUAGUUGUUUACUUCUGUUUCCUAGCAGCAUUUUCAUGUUUGUUUGCUGAAGCUAUGCAAAUUUAUAUUUCCACUGCGAGGAAGCAGCAAAUUGGCAAGCAGUGGUAUAAAUAUUUAUUAAUUGGUUGGGUAAUACCAACGAUUCUAGCAGUUUUCUUUGGUGUUGCAUCAAGAAUAUUUCCAGCAAAUGAUAACACCUUACUUGUAUGCUGGAUAGAAGAUGAUCAGUGGCAUUUUUAUGGAUUCAUCAUUCCUAUCGUAGCCUUAGAUAUUGCUAUUUUAUUCAUGCUUAUAUUUGCCAUGCAUUCAUGCAUAAGACACCAAGAUGAAGCCAGAUAUACAUCAAAGCGAACAUUCUGUGUUACUUGCCUGAAAUCCAUUUCCAUUCUUCUUUUACUAAAUAUAGUCAGUUAUCUUAGUACUGGUAUAAGUAGAGGUGAACAUUAUGGAUACGUAAUCUCAUAUUCAGUUCUCGUGAUUUUUUUGGUGAUUGUGGUUUUCGUAUCAAGAUGCCUUUUUGAUAAAGAGAUAAUGACAAUUCUUUGGAAAAGACUGUCACCGUUUAAAGAUAAACCACCAAAUCAACAAAUGAAUCGUAAUCAAAGCAGCAGUUCAUUUAAAGGUUAUAUGAAACCCGAGCUCCCAGAACAAUUCAUACCUGAGAGACAAGGUGCAAAUAAGCAUUAUGAUCAAGUAAAUCGUAUGAAAUUUACUGAUGAACGCAAAAGACAGCUUUCAAACCUUUUAGGGAGUUCUCAGACUGGCGUAAAUUUAGUAGCUUAUAAUCAAGACAGACGUUCCAACAGAAGCUUACCACAAGAUAAUGGUGCUGCUGAUAGUGGUAUCUUUGGGUCUGAAACUGAAAAGUUUUUGAAUAGCGAUCUUGAACAAAUUAGUAAUAGGUCAUCAUUUAGUAAAAUACCUAUUACAGUAGUAGAUGUUCAUUCGCCUGUUGUACAAAAUGGAUCCAUUAUAACAGAAAGUAUGGAACCUUUUCCAGAACUUAUUCAACGACGGGCUUGUAAAGAUUUAUUUAUUCAAUCAUCGACACCAUCUAAUGGAAUUGUUCGUCCAAAAUACAGUUACUACAUAGACCCUAAAGCAAAUCAAGUUAUUUCAGAAUCUGGUGAAUCUACAACUUUGUUAAUUCAAGAAAAGACACCAGAUGAUAACAGUGAAGAACAUGAAUCUGAUAGUAUGUAAUUUGAUAGUAUAUGAUGUAAUCUAACAGUAUGUGAUGUAAUGUGAUGUGAUGUGAUGUGAUGUGAUGUGAUGUGAUGUGAUGUGAUGUGAUAGCAUGUGAUGUUAUAUGAUAGUAUGUGAUGUAAUCUAAUAGUAUAUGAUGUAAUCUAAUAGUAUGUGAUGUAAUGUGAUGUAAUGUGAUGUAAUGUGAUAGUAUAGGAUGUUAUAUGAUAGUAUGUGAUGUUAUAUGGUAGUAUGUGAUGUAAUCUAAUAGUAUAUGAUGACAUGUAAUGUUAUGUGAUAUUACAUGAUAGAAUGUGAUGAUAUCUAAUAAUAUGUGAUGUAAAGUUAGGUUAGGUGUUGCUUUUUGGUAGAAUGUGAUGUUAUAUGAUAGAAUGUGAUGCUAUAUGAUAGAAUGUGAUGUUAUCUAAUAGUAUGUGAUGUGAAGUGAGGUAAUGUGAUGCUAUUUGAUAGUAUGUGAGGUAAUGUGAUGUAAUCUAAUAGUAUGUGAAGUUAUCUGAUAGUGUUUGUUGUAUUCUCAUGUAUACCAAUCUAAUAUGUCAGUUCUUGUAUCAAACAUUACGGCACAUGUUAUAUUUGUAUACAUGUAAGAGGAUAUCUACUAACAAUGUUGUAUUAUAAUUUAACAAUUAGAAUUAGACGUAGCAUUUUUGGUCAAUGAUACAUAUAAUCGUGAUGGGUCGUGUACCAGUAGAAUAUACACAUAAAGGUCUUGAAGAAAUACUUUUAAAAUGUAGUGUUAUGUAUAUAAAAAAGGGAUCCUAUGUGUCGAGUAGUAAACCAGAAGAGUAUGCUGAAUAUUUGUAAAAGCAUUGAGUCUAAACCUGUUUAAAAGCAUUGAGUCUAAA